AUGAAUACUGGGGUAACCCUCGAAGACGCGAUAAAUAAUGUACAGCUCUUGGGGACUCUCAUGCUCCCGGAUGACCUUCCAGAUAUCGAAGCACGCGCAUUACCACUGCUCUAUAGAGCUAAUUUUGAUACAAAUUUCGAGGAUAGAAGCGCAUUUGUGACUGGAAUCGCUAAAUACAGUGAAGAAGCUACAAGACAUGCUCAAUUUAACGAUAUGCUCUCGGAAGGUCUCAAGCAUGCAGCAAAUUUAUAUACUUGGAGAUGCUGCUCUAGAGCUGUUCCAAUGGCAAAAUCCAAUGAUCAACCGAAUCGAACAGAAAUUAAUGAGAUGGUUGUCGAAGUGUUAAAACCAGAAGUGAACAAACUCAGCUGUUUUAUGAGAUUCACUUUAUCGGCGAUUCAACGGUUUUGUGAAGAAGUACGUCGGCUGUGCCAUCAGGAAAAACGUCGGGAUUUUGUCUCAGAAUCGUAUCUUCUUACUCUGGGAAGGUUUAUCAACAUGUUUGCUGUUCUGGAUGAGCUUAAAAACAUGAAAGCCUCGAUAAAAAAUGAUUUUUCAACAUAUAGAAGAGCUUCGCAAUUUCUUCAAACAAUGUCAGAUACUCAAGCAAUUCAUGAUAUGCAAAAUUUGAGCAUGUUUUUGGCGACACAAAACAAGAUUAAGGAUGAUCUGAAACUUCAAAUGAAAACGAUCGAAGGUUAUGAAGAACUACUAGCCGACGUUAUCAAUAUAUGCGCACAUAUGUAUGAACAUCAGCUUUAUGUUUCUCCGAAUGAAAAGCAUAUGUUCGUAAAAGUCAUCGCCUUCUCAUUAUUCCUCAUGGAUGGAGAUUCUGCCAACGUUGCCAAACUAGAUCAGAAAAAGCGUUUGAGCAUUCAAAGACUGGACAAAAUCUUCAAGACAUUAGAAGUUGUUCCUUUGUACGGUGAUAUGCAAAUACAACCGUUCGCAUUCGUUCGAAGAUCUCCUCAUUAUGAUUCAAGCAAAUGGCCUUUGAGUGAUAAAGAAUCUGAUAAAUGUCAUGUGAAUAUUGUGGAAAAACUAGCAUCAAUUCGUGCCGAUCACGAAUCAUUUGUGACUCAAGUCGCCAAAAUUCAUAACGAGAAUGCAAUAUGUGAUAGGCCCGGCGUUGAUCUGGAGUACCGAGAACUCACAUCGCUUGCCUUGUCUGGUAUUCAGUUGCUAUGUCAGUGGUCAUGUGCGGUGGUUGAAACCAUUAGUUGGAAAUUGUUGCAUCCGACUGAUCCACGCGAGAAUCCGGACUGUCCGGACACUGCUGAAGAAUAUGAGCGAGCUACACGCUAUAAUUAUUCGCCUGCUGAAAAGACGGCGAUUAUUCAAAUUAUUGCCAUGAUCAAGGGACUUCAAUCGCUUCUAGGCAAACAGGAUAUUGAGAUGAGCUGCGCAAUUCGGAAAUGUGUUUACAUCGAACUGCAGUCGUUUGGUCAACACGUUGUCGUGGAUCUUCUCCAAAAAGCGGUAAAGAAUAAAAAGGAUCUACUUGCCGGAAUUCUCAAUUCUGUCAAGGAUUCAAUAUCUGACGUAACGUAUGAAAUAAAUCGAGUUCCGGAAACCAAGUCGAAAUCGAAAAAAUCGAAGGACGAUUCAGUGAAUUCUUCAUCUUCUGAUAUACGAUUAGCGAAGAGAAGUACACCGCCUGGAAGUACACAACUUUAUAUGGCACGAACCCAAUUGGAAAGCUUAAUUUCUGACCGAUUGUGUGGUGGGAAAAAGAUUCUACGAAAAGAAUUAGAUUCGAAAACCAUUGAGAAGAUUUCCGUGUUCUUAAGAAAAUCUGCUCAUUGGCCAACUCUUUUCCGGUUGUCCGACUCAAUCACUGAAGCUGGUGACUUAAGUCAGUUAUGGUUUCGAGAGUUUUAUUUGGAAAUGACGAUGGGAAAGAGAAUUCAGUUUCCAAUCGAAAUGUCGAUGCCAUGGAUUCUCACCGAUUAUAUUCUGACGUCUAGUGAGCCUUCAUUAAUUGAAUCAGCAUUAUACCAAUUGGAUUUGUACAACGAUGCGGCACAAUAUUCACUUUUCAAUUUCAAUAAGCAAUUUUUGUAUGACGAGGUUGAAGCCGAAGUCAAUCUGUGUUUCGAUCAAUUUGUCUACAAACUUUCAGAAAUGGUUUUUACCCAUUAUAAACAAUUGGCUUCCUGCAUGCUUCUCGACAAAAAGUUCAAAUCAUUAAUAUUGGAAGCUGGAACGAUGAUUCGAUCACCUCCAGCUGCGAGAUUUGAAAGCUUAUUACAGCAACGUCAUCUCCAGCUUCUUGGAAGAUCUGUGGAUUUGAAUCGUGUUGUUUCUCAAAGAAUCAACAUGGCAUUACUAAAAGCGCUUGAUGCGGCGAUUUGGAAGUUUGAAAGCGAGCAGCUGUCAACGAUUUGUGAACUCGAAUUGCUUAUUGAAACGAAUCGUUUGUGCCAUUCAUUGUUGCGAAAUGUGCUAUUCUCCGUUGCCGAUUUCGACGAUUUGCUUCAAGAAGCGAAUCACGCAGUCAACUCGCCUCACGGAAGAAUUACACUUCACGUUUUCUGGGAGCUUAACUACGAUUUUGUGCCAAAUUUCACUUAUCACGGAGGAACGCACCGAUUUGUUCGCGCAAGGCAGGUAUUCCGUAAAACACCAGCUCGUGAAAAACCGCCACAAGUUGGACAAGUCUACUACUGGGGAUCGAAAUCGUUACAGGCAGCUUUUGGAAACAUUUGCAAUGCUUAUAGCCAUUGUAUUGGUACGCAACAUCUCAAGGCGAUCACGAGACUAUUGCAUUACCAAGGUCUCGCGGUGAUCCUAGAUGAACUUUUAAAAAUGACGAAUCGAUUGCUAAAUGAGAAGCUUCGACGACAUAUGAAGAAUGUUCUGAGCCUUAUGCCGAAGGUUUGCAAGCUGCCUAGAACCGAAUAUGGUAGUGUUGCUGUUCUCCAAUAUUAUUGCCAUCAUCUGGAGCCCGUUGGAAAAUACGCCGAACUUCGUACAGAGUUUUGCCAAGAUUUACGAGAACUCGGCAAUAUUAUUACACUUUCCCAACAGCUUGAAGUUGCUCUUGCUCAAACUGAAACUCAUGAUUUGUUCUUGUCUGCCGCGUAUACUGGAAAUGUUCCCCAGCCACCAUCGAGAAAUACUAUGGAACAGUCUAGACAGAUUCAGAAGCUCGAAGAAAAAUAUUCGAGAAUUCAUUUGACCGAAAUCAUUGAGAAAAUUAGUAAUGAUCCAGCGCAAAUCAAUGUUGCUCGCGAGGCGGAGCUUAUGACGAAAGAAAGACUAUGCUGCGGAUUAAAUGCAUUCGAGCACUUCCUUCAGCGAAUCAAGCAAAUGCUGGCAGCAGACACUAUCUGGACUGGUGGCUAUCCAGCGAACAAUGUGUUUUGGGUCGAUGAGUGCGUUGAAUGUAUUCGAAUUAUUCGCGACGCCUCUUGUCUGAUCGACUGCGGCUAUGCUCAGAGCGUCUUCUGUCGCGACUUCUGCGUCUUCCGCGGCUUCCGCUACGACUUCGGUCUCGAUCUCGUUCUCUAUCACGGUCACGAUCUCGUUCCCUAUCGCGGUCACGGUCACGAUCUCGUUCUCUAUCACGACGUCUUCCGUCACCACCACUGCUUGUACUUCUAUCACGGUCUCGUCCACGACUUCGAUCACGACUACGACUACGUUUAUCGCGACUUCCUUCUGCUCCGCUAUAUCCUCCGCGACUUUGUGGUCUUCUCGGACUUCCUCGGCUUCGAUCAUGGGAACUACUUCUGUCGUGGCGACUUCGCCGAUCUCGGUCUCUGUCACGAUCACGGUCCCGAUCUCGAUCCCGAUCUCGGUCCCUAUCUCGAGCUCUCUUAUCUCUAG